AUACAGAUGCAAGCAAUGCAGGCUGGAGAGGAGGCUGACAAUGUGGACCUGUCCGAUUUGGAGCGGAUCCGCUGUGAUCUAUCCCACGGCGUCACCGUCUACAAGAAACACAUGCGCAAUGUGCUUACAGUGUACCUGGGAAAACGAGAUUUUGUGGAUCACCUAGAUCGCGUGGAACCAGUUGAUGGUGUAGUUCUGGUGGAUACAGAUUAUCUGAAGGACCGCAAAGUCUUCGUCACCUUGACCUGUGCUUUCCGUUAUGGCCGUGAGGACCUCGACGUCUUGGGUCUGUCGUUCCGGAAGGACCUCUUCAUCUCAACUUUUCAGGCCUUUCCCCCGCUCCCGGAGGAGAAGAAGCCUCUCACCCGACUGCAAGAGCGCCUAGUCAAGAAACUAGGGGAGCAAGCACAUCCCUUCUACUUCAACAUUCCACAGAAUUUGCCAUGUUCGGUGACACUGCAGCCAGGACCCGAGGACACUGGGAAGGCCUGCGGUGUUGACUAUGAAAUACGUGCCUUUUGCGCCAAGUCCAUGGAGGAGAAGAUGCACAAAAGAAACUCGGUGCGUCUGGUCAUCAGGAAGGUACAGUUCGCCCCAGAGAAGUCCGGACCUCAGCCGGUAGCCGAGACCACCAGACACUUUUUGAUGUCGGACCGAUCAUUACAUCUAGAGGCCUCGCUAGAUAAAGAGCUGUAUUACCACGGGGAAGCCAUCAAUGUAAAUGUCCACGUGACCAAUAACUCCAGCAAAACCGUCAAGAAGGUGAAAGUGUCUGUCCGGCAGUACGCAGACAUCUGCCUGUUCAGCACAGCACAGUACAAGUGUCCAGUCGCUCAGAUUGAACAAGAUGACCAGGUGGCCGCCAGCUCUACAUUCUGUAAAGUUUACACUCUGACUCCACUUCUGUCUAAUAACCGGGAGAAGCGGGGUCUGGCCUUGGAUGGAAAGCUGAAGCACGAGGACACCAAUUUAGCAUCGAGCACCAUUGUGAAGGAGGGAUCCAGUAAAGAAGUGCUGGGAAUUCUUGUCUCCUACAGAGUAAAAGUUAAAUUGGUGGUGUCCCGUGGAGGGGAUGUCGCGGUGGAGCUGCCUUUUGUCCUAAUGCAUCCAAAACCCCCGGAGCCAGCGCCAAGACCUAUAUCCGAGUUCCCUCAGACAGAUGUGCCUGUUGACACAAAUCUCAUACAAUUCGAAACAAAUUACCCUCAGGAUGACGACAUUGUCUUUGAAGAUUUCGCCCGUCUAAGACUCAAGGGGUUGAAAGAUGACAAGGAAGAUGAUGAAGCGUACUGCUAGCCUUGCUUUUAGAGGCUGGGCCCCAUUGCCACUGGAGACUCCGCCCCCUUUGCCACAAAUGGGUUUUAUCCCCCCCCUUUUUUUAUUUGAGCGGAGACCUUACACAACUACACACACAAUGUGUAUCGAAUGAGCAGGCAGCAUAUACGUGUGUGUGUGUACAUAGGGACUCGCGGGAUACAAUGGUGGGGGACAGUAGAGUGUAUACGUUGCUGCACAGGCACUGUGAUGAAGGUUGUGGUAUAUGUUGGUGUACUCUGUAUUGUGAUGUCAUAUCUGUACACCUCCAUAUACUUGAUAUAUAUAUAUAUUGGAAACGGCAAGCAUAUGCAGUAUGGGGGGUUGUACAUAUGAUAGGACCUAUAGGAAAUGUACCAUGUAGGUUCGGGGGGGUAGACAUUGUAAAUAAGUGGCGAUCAUACCCAAUCAUGCAUAUACACACAGGUGUAACUGUCAUCGCUGUGUGCAUGAGUGACCUGCGCACACACACACAACCUACACACAGUUUUUAGUGUGUCGAUCAUAUUUUAUUAUAUUUCUUUUGUCAAUUUUGUAUAUUUUCCCCCUGCCGAUCGGUACACUCGUGGCACACCGUAUGCUGCACUGCCACCUUGCACUUUCCCCCUGCCCCGCCAUUUUAUUUUUUGUUAUUUUAUGUAGGACAUAAACGCUGUGAAUAAACAGGAGAUGCAGAGGUGUAAGAUCAAAUCCUCGGGGGAUGGAUCUCAAGGCCAGUUAAUGAGAGAACUUGUGACGUUGUGAUUUUUACUGGAGUUUUAAUUUUAUUCUUUUAUCAUUUUUUAUUUUUUAACCCGACUGAGGGAGACGAAGGUGCGACGCUUUGGUUCCUGCUGAUAAAGGAGGGGGCGCGGGGGAUUGCGUGGUCUCAGGGAGUCUUUCGAACUGCCAACAUCUCUUGUUCCGCCUUGCAGCAGGACAAGCCUAGAUCUGCUGUCACUGGCUCCUCUGGGGAAGCGGCUCGUUUUGCUUCUAAUAUGUGAAUUUUCCAGGGUGGGACACUGUGUCAUGUCCUCCUAUUCGCACAAACGGGUGACGCACCUGUCUCCUCUCUGUCCCCUCCCAAUGUUUUAAAUAUAUAUAUAUUUUUUUUUUGCCUUGAUUCGUAAUAUAUUUUGUCUUUUUGGAUGUAAAAUGAUCUUUCUGUGGUGUUUUAAAGAACUCCACAGGUUUUAAAACGCUUUAUUUUUUAUCUUUAUUUUUUUUUUUUGCUACAAAUAUUAGGAUGUGAGGAUUAACAAUAAAAUCUGGUGUAUGAAUGUG